AUGUCGACUGAUAGGCGUGGGCGCGGCCGAGGAGGCUCAAGGUACGAUUCACAGCCGAGAUCUGUUCUGGUGUCGAAAGCACUCUCUCGCUUGCUGAGACACGCCGCGGAGCAGGAGCGAAUUCCUAUCGACAACCAUGGCUAUGUCAGAGUGGACCAUCUACUGGCGUGGCAGAGACUCAGGAGCAUGAAGCCACCAGUGACGUUCGAGGAGGUCGUCGAAUCAGUUGAAGAUAACGAGAAAAAGCGCUUCGCUCUGAAAUAUGUCAGCAAAGACCCAGACACCACGGAAGUGACACCUGAGAACUCUACUGCUUUAGAACCCAGCCAAGAACCAACCACUGAAGCUGAAGUGGACACGGAAACGCAAAAGGCAAUAUCCAUGUUCCAAUCGACCAUGGGCGAUACCGAUUCAAAGCGUUUCUUCAUCCGCGCAACACAAGGCCACAGCAUGCGGGCCGUGGAAGCCGAGAACCUGCUAAAACCAAUCUCUCUCGACGACCCUGACAGCAUCCCCACCACAGUCGUCCACGGUACAUUCUACGGAGCGUGGAAUCCCAUCCUGCAGACUGGAGGACUGAAGAGCAUGACGAGAAACCACGUACAUUUUGCCACGGGACCACCCUUGGGCGAUGUCCUCCCCGCACCGUCACUCGACACCACGACCACUACCACUGCACAGCGGCAAAAGGGAAAUCUAGGCCACUUAAUGGGUGAGAACAAAGUCAUAAGCGGAAUGCGGACCGACGCGCAGAUCCUGGUGUACAUCGACAUUCGAAAGGCGCUGCAAGAAGAGCCGGAAAUUAAGUGGUGGAGGAGCGAGAACGGGGUCAUCCUGACGGAGGGCAUCGCUACAGAUUCUCAACCAGAAGGAGGUGUAAAACUCGUUCCGAAGAAGUACUGGCUCGCUGCUGUGGAGAUCAAACAGGGUUUGGGGCUGUUGUGGAAACAGGGUGAGGGCGACAAUGGUGUCGUGCAGGAGCUGCCCGAGGCAUUACGAAAUCGGGCUGUUCCUAGAGGAAAGGGUGGUGGACAUAGAGGAGGCCGUGGUGGGCGAUCGAAAGGCCGGGGUUAG